CGCACGCGCGCUCACUCCUCUCCCUUCGGACACUCUGCGGAGCGCGGUGUUGGGGGGUAACUGCUCUGUCGGGCGAGUCCUCCCGCAACAUCCCCAAGGUCGCUCCUUAGGCGCUCCUUCUAGGUCUAGUCCUUCACAUAGGAGCUCCCGGGUGUCGCCACACACGCCGUACCCGUCCCUUGUCGGGGGUCCUGUCGUCACAGGUUUUUGAGCAACGGUCCUGACGCAGAAUAAUCAAGGUGAUGGCUUCUUCCAGACUCAUUCCCCCGUGGCAGGAUUUUAAAUACCUCAUAAAUGACAUCAUACAUAAAAACAAGCAAGCUUCAGAUGACUCAAACAAGGAUGUAGUUGUGCUGAGCGACCGGUCCCAGAUACUGUUCAGAGAGUCUCGCCAUCCUCACAAUAUGCCGCUUAUAUGCCAUUACUUCAGCGAUGCCAGCUUCUUUGCCUCCCUCUCUUGGGUGACAAGCACAAAAGAAAUACAGGCUAUAGUAUGGAUGAAGAGCAAAACUGAGGACAUGGUCGAGAAGAGAGUAUUCUCCAUGACUGAACGGUUGCCGCCUAUCCAGUCCAUGGUCCACACAGGUUCCUUUCACAUCCUCGUGGCCUACUGUGGCGACCUGAUCCUGAGGCUCUUUGGGGACCACUUUCGGUCAUUCAAACCCCUGAGUAUAGUGCCCUGCCGCUUUAACAUCAACUGCCUCUGCUAUGACCCAGAAAUGAAAAUGCUUCUGUCAGGCAGCCUGGGGGCCAUUGUCACUUGGAUCAUUGAGCGGAGUGGCAAGGGCCUCCAAAUAGCCCACAUGGUUCUCAUGCCUGGUGAUGAGCUUGUCCAAGACAUCAUGCUGAAUGGCCCCAAUGGCUCCCUCCUGGCCCUGUGUGAAACUAUGGUGAGGGUCCUCGAGCGCCAGGGUCACGGCCAGCUAGCUGAGGUUGAGAGGUUCACUUCUACCACCAGUGGCUCCUCUAUCACCUGCUGCUUCACCUGUUUUGACCAGGGCCUUCUCUAUGCUGGGAACAACACUGGGGAAAUCCAAGUAUGGAGCCUCAUUCGGGGCCACUCUAUCCAUAGUUUCAAGGCCCAUUUCUCAUCAGUAGUCUGUAUCCGCAGCCGGCCCGAAGCCCACACCCUGCUGACGGCUGGCAAGGAAGGCUUAAUCAAGGAGUGGAACCUCACUUCCGGGAACCUGCUGCGGUGGCUCGAACUCGAGGAGGAGCUCUGUCGACUCCAGUUUAUUGACAGCAUUACUUUCUUCUGCCAGACUACCUUUUCUUUCUCCUUGCGCCGCCUGCCCUGCUUCUACAGCCUCUUCAAUGUCUGUGGCUCUGCUCCCCAGCAGGUGCGUCGGGUCCGCUGCGGUGAUAACUGCUUCCGGAUCCUGUGCACUACUGACGAUGGCUUAUUGCGCUUUGUGUCCCCAGUCACAGGGGAUCUUCUGCUCCUCACCUGGCCCUUCUCACUCCUGGACCAAGCUGUGGAUUGGGCCUAUGACCCAGAGAAAGAGGAGCUCUUUGUAGCGACAGGCAGCGCAGAUGUGCUGGUGUUUGACACGACCCGUUGCCCAUGCCCGGCCAAGUAUCUCUUGUGCACCUCACCCGAUUCUCAAGACUGGGUACGAUGCCUGGCUUACGGGCAUUUCUACCUGGGUCGGGGUCUACAAGGACUAAUGUUCUCUGGACACCAGAGUGGUGUGAUAAGAGUGCUUUCCCAGCACAGCUGUGCCCGAAUAGAGAAGUUCAUGCAUUUUGGAGCUGUACUGGCACUCUCUACGCUGCCUGAAGGGCUUUUUGGUAGCCGAGAAAAUGCUUUGCUCUGCUCCUAUGGAAUGGAUGACUACGUCCACCUAUCAGAAGCAGUGUUUGAAGGGAAGAAAGUACGUUUGAAGCCCCUUACCAGCAUCCUCAGCAGCUGUCACCUAAAACACCUGAUACUCUUACCCAAUUCUGUGGGUGCCAUCACAGAGACUAACUGCCUGCGUCUCUGGAAGUUCCGUGCUUUCCUGUCCUCUGAGUCACAGGAAGGCUCGGCGUUCAUAGAGACAUUGCCUCUGCACCAGUGUACCAUCACAUCCUUUGACGUCUGCCUGUCCUUGAGUCUUUUUGUCACAGGUGGUAUUGAUGGCUCUGUCCGGGUCUGGAACUUCCAUGGCAGACUUGUAGCUAUGCUGGACUCAUCACUGCACUUUGGCCCACUCUGCUUUGCAAAUGACCGGGGUGACUUGCUUGUGACCUUUAACCAGAGUCUUUAUCUGGUGUCCUGUCUCAAACUGCUUCACCCAACUCUGCUGUCUCGCCUUUCCUUUAUGAGCAUGCCAGAUGAAGUGCUAGAGACCCCUAAGCCUUUCAUACCCAGCUUUUUCUUCUCCUUUGAGACCAUGUUUGUGCCCAAGUAUAUCUACCUUGAAAAAGGGCAACAGGAAUUAGUGGGACUAGAGGAACUGAUCAAUAAGCGGGCCAUUGCCUUUGACCAUACAGUGCCCCAUGUCAUAGAAGAUGAGCAAGGGAGUCCCAUAGUACUGUCUGCCUUCGGACAUGAUUCUGAAACCAAUUCGAUGGAGGUGAGAAAAUCUCAUCACUCCCAUUACGUGGUUCCUCCCCAACUACAGCUGACUACCUGGGAGGGACUCAACCCCUACCAAAUACUGCGAUGCUACUUUGGUAAAGGGCGGAAAUGGCUGUUGGCUCCUGACUGCUACAUCCCCAACUCAGUGAUUCGUGCCCGUCUUUGGCCAGAGGGCAGUCCAAUAUUCCUCCAGUGCACCCUGCAUUCACCUAUGCGGGAAAUAGAAUGGGACAAGUCCCAACAAUUCUUCUUCUGGCACAGUAGGGCAAAAUUUGUAAGUGAUGGAGGAGUAUAUUUACAGGAAAAGGAGGAUGAAGACUUCAUAGAAAUGAGAUUAUCCAAGGAUGUAACCUACAGUGUCCUUACAGACUCGGCAAACCGCAGUUGGCUGGGCAAAAAGAUGAGUGAAAUAGCUAUUAAUAGCCUGGUGGAGACAAUCCUCAACAUUAUGAUCCAUGCUUCUCCACUCAAGUACCAAUGCUGUAUUGGUGCAUUAGGGCAAAUCUUUGCCUCUUACGAGGUGUCUUCAGCCCUGCGCUCUGAAACAGCCCAUCAUCUACUGGAUGAUACCACCAAUUCCAACCCACUGAUCCGAGAGCUAGCCUGGGAAGGGCUGAAGCGUCUAGGAAUGAUUACUCAUCUCUUUGCCAUGCCUCUGGCCCAAGGAUUGAUGGACAAGGACCAAAGAGUGAGGAGUAAGGCCCUGAGCCUCAUGGAUGACACUGGAAUCCACACUAAGUCCUCACUCCUAAACUUGAUCCAGCACCAAGAGACCUUCCAGGAGAUGCAGCGGGAAAUGAUUGGGGAGGAAUCCCUGGACCAUCUGCUGGGGAUGCAGGCAACAGAUCUACAAAUGCUUCACACUCAAGUGGAGCAGCGACUGAAUGAAAACCUGACCUUGUCAGAGGGAGACAAAAAGCCUGCAUUUUCUUUAGAGGUUGCAAGAAUUUCUGAACUUUUGUCCCUUUCCGAGAAACCUGAAGUUCCUAAAGAAUCUGAAGUUGCCAUCAAGCCCAGCAAAGGCCAAAGACGGGGCCGAGCAGGAAGAAAAAAGCACACACGAAAAUUAUGGCGGGCCCUCAAGAAAAUAAAAGGGGCUGGCAAAGCACCAGGUCCCUUAGAGGGUGAAAGUGACCAGAGUGAAGCUGCACUAUAUGAGGUGAAGGAUACAGCCAUCCGUUCUGGAAGGUCUUCAACCGUAAGUGUGUUAAAGAUUUCAAAAGAUGCUGAACAACAACCUCCAGAGGAAGACACUCCAAAGGACCAUACUGCACUGACCCUGAAGAUGCUGAGGAAAUUACAUGACAGAAGAGGCAAGAAAAAAACAGUUAAGAAGCCCCUAAAGAGGCACAAGAAGAAGACAAAAGAAUCUGGAGUUACAGUUGAGAAAUCUCUGUCUGCUGUAAAGGUUGAACCUGUUGUGAAGACGCUGAAGGCCAGAGGGCGAGGUGCCUCUGGAGUGCCUGGCCACAGGGCCACCCCUGGAGAUGGCUCAUCAUGGCGGGAUGCUCUGUGUCGUCUUAUGACCCUGAGAAUAUCUGGUUCCCAAACCAAAAUGUCAGAAGCUCUAAACAUGGAGCUAGUGACCAUGGCUCAAGAGGUACUGGCAGAUCGGCAGCCCAGUUGGGAACUUUUUCAGGAGAUCUGCCCCUUUUUGAAGAAAAAAAGUGACGUUCUGCUUGAGGACCGCAACUGGGAUGUAGCCUGGCCAGAGGAGAAACCAAUUUUUAUUCAUGAGGGGGCAAUUAGAGAAGAUGUAGUGAUCAGGAGGGAGGAUGAGAUACCAGAGGCACAUGAGCAAGUGCAAAAGGAAGCAAGCAACAUGCCAGACUUGCAGGAAACCCAGGUGAUUUCCAAAAAAGGCAAGAAAAAGAAAGUUAUGUUUUUAGAACCAGGUUACCUAACCAAGGGAAAACGAAUAUCAAAGAAAGAAGAGAAGAAAUCCUUUAAGAAGCCCUUUAAACAAGAGAGGAAAGCAGUCUGGCAGGGAAUAAAAGUGGAUAAAAAACAGAGGAAAGUGGCCAAAGGAGAGAGGGAUGUGGGUCAGGAAGUGGAGGAAAUGGCCAAACCAGAGGAGGGAGUGGUUGUACAAGAAGGAAGACCAGUUACAGAAGAGAGGAAGCUGUCUUGGCAGGAGUGGAAGAAGUCCUGGGAUGAGUGGACACAGGCCCGUGGUGAGAUGAGGAUAUCCUGGAAUGAAUGGAAGGAAGCUUCGGACAGGAAGCAUCUUGAGGAAGAGGAGGAAGCACAAACGGAUAAAAAGAAGCCACUCGCAGAUGAGAAAAAGCUGGAUGAGGACAAGAGGAAGCUGAGAUGGGAUGAGUGGGCAGAGAUCUGGGAACAGGUAUCAGCCAGGUCCAAGGAGCCGCAGUUCAAGGACAAGGAGGAGGAACUGACCCUGGAGGGAGAAAAAUUGUUUCAGGAAUGGGGAGAAGGAGAAGGAGGAGGAGAAGAAGAAGAGCUGAGACAAACCCAAAAAGAAUAUAAACAGGCCUAUAUCGAGAGGAAACGGGCCCAGGCUGAAAGAAAACGAGCCCAAGAAGAAAGGAAGCUGGCACAAGAAGAAGAGAAGUUAGCACAAGAAGAGAGAAAGCUGGCCCAGGAAGAGAGGAAACUUGCCAGAGAAUAUGGGAAGCUGGCUCAAAGAGACAGGACAAUGGCCCAGGCAGAGAGGAUGUUUGUCCACAAAGAGGAAAAACUGGCCCAAAGAGAGGAGAAGCUAACCCAGGAAGCAGAGAAACUGGCCCAGAAAAGGAAGAAACUGGCCAAGAAAUCUGAGGCACUGGCUCAAGAAGAAGAGAAAAUAGCAAAGAGAGGAGGGAAGCUGGCUGAGGCAAAAACAAUAUUAGUCCAGAAAAUGGAAAAACUGGAGCAGAAGGAGCAAGAUCUGGCAUUGCAAGAAAAGGAACUAUCCCAGGAAUUGGAGGAGCUGGCAUUGGAGGAGGAGGACCUGGCUUGGAAAGAAGAAGAACUGAGCCAGGAAGAGAAGGAGUUAGCUGAGGAGGAGGAAGGACUGGGCCAGGAAGAGAAGACACUGGCCUGGCAAGAGCAGAAACUGAUUAAGGAAGAGAAAGCACUGGCCCUGGAAGAAGAGUUGCUGAUCCAGGAAGAGAGGAAACUGGCCAAAGACAAGGAGAAACUGCCUGAAGAAGAGGAAAGGCUUGCCCAGAAAAGGAAAAAACUGAUGGAGAACAAGUUAAAACUGGCCCAGGAAAAAGAAAAAUUGGUCCAGAAGAAGGAGAAACUCAUGAAGAACAAGGAUAUCCUAGCCUGGAGGGGGAAGUCUCUGGCUCAGGAGAAGGAGAAUCUGCUUUAUGAGAGAGCGAAAUUUACUCAGAAGAAAAAUAACUUCCUGAAGUUCAAAGAAAACCUCACCCAGAACAGAAAUAAAUUAAUUGAAGCAAAGGAGCAACUGGAUGUGUACAAGAAGAAACUGGUUCAGGUAGAGGAGACGCUGAUGGAAGAAAAGGAAAAACUUUCCCAGAAGAAGGAGAAGCUGGCUAAGGCAGAGAAAAAGCUAGCCCAAUUAGAGGAAAGUCUGGCUGAGAAGCGGCACAAUCUAUCCCUGGACAAGAUGAAGUCAGCUGUGGAGAAGAGGGCGAUAUUUCAAGAACUGAAACUCCUCAGAGGAGAGUGGGAGAGCAGCAAGGAAGAAAAGGCACUGGACAUGGAAAUGAAGAAACUGGCCCAAGAGAAGGUGAGGCUGGCUGAGGGAAAGCAAACUCUCUUCUCAGGAGAGACCAAAGAAGCCUUAAAACAGGGGAAACUGACUAAGAAUGAGCUAGAACUAAUCAAGAAGAAAUUGUCACUAGAGGAGAAGACACUGGCAUAUGAAGAUAGGAUAUUGGCCACAGAGCAAAGGGACAUUGCCAAAGGAAAACUGGAAUAUACCAGAGGAGAGAGAGUGUAUGCCCAGGAAGAGAGGAAGCUGGCCAAAGUAAUAAGGAAGUUGGCUACAGAAAGGGAGGGCACUUCCAAGGAACAAUCAAAAGCGAGCGGCAAAAUCUUACCGGCACUUCAAAACCUUAUCAAAGAAGAAACGAAGCUGACCCAGGAAGAAAUAGAGCUGACAAAGAGAAAGAGGUCAUUCCUUGCAAAGGAAAGGAGAUUGGGCAAGGAACAAAAUAAACUUGAUGCUAAAGAGUGGGAUUUUUCAGAGGAACAACUGGAAAUAACCAAAGAUGAGAAGAAACUGGCUAAGAAGCAGAGAAAACUGGCCAAGGAAAUGAAAAGAAUGAUAAAGAAAGAGGAAGAAAUAACCAAGGAAGAAAGCAGAUUGGCCAGACAACAGAGAGAAAUCAUACAGGAAGAAGAGGAGGGAGCAGUAACAGAGGAAGAAGAGGAAAUACCAUUGCUUGAACAAAGGUCGAGAAAGAGAAAAGAGCUAAAGACAGUGGUUACAACAAAGGGAGAGCUUCCCAGUCAAGGGGAAAGUAGGGAGAGCUUUUCCAAGGAAGUGGAAAGCCUAUUAGAUGAAAUAGAGGGAGAGAGCUUGUCUGAGGAGGAGGAAGAGGAGGAGGAAGAGGAGGAGGAGGAAGAGGAGGAGGAGGGAGAGGAGGAAGAGGAGGAGGAAGAGGAGGAGGAAGAGGAGGAGGAAGAGGAGGAGGAGGGAGAGGAGAAAGAGAAGAAGAAAAAGAAAAAGAGGAAGGAGAAAGAGGAAGUGUCAGUGGAGGAGGAGGAAGUAUCAGAGGAGGAGGAGGAAAGCAUCAGUGAGGAAGAUUCAGAAAGUCUGAGUGAGAAAGACUCACUAGAGAAAAGCUCACUGGAAGAAGAGGCAGACAAGGAAAAAGAGAUCUUAAAAAAAGAAAAAUUACCUAAGUUUCAAGAACAAAGACAAAAAGACCGAAGAGGAAGAGAAAUAAUCCCCUCUAUUGGAAAAAGAAUCCCUGAUAUCAAAGACAGUGCUAUACAACUAAAAGUUCUGAAAGUCCCUUCCAAGAAACUGAUCUCAAUAGCUUUGGACAGGAAAAAGAAGAUACCAGUGCCAGUGUCAAUGAAACAAGUAUCCUGGGAAGAAAAGGCCAGAACACUUGAGACAUCCAGGACAUUUCCAGCGUCAAGGUUUUUGGAUAAAAAAGAACUGUUGAAGAAACAUAAGCCCGUACCUCUCCAAGUUUUGGAUAGAGUUUUGCAGUCCCCAGAGCCAGACUUCAAGACCUCAUGUUUAUCUCACAUAUUGAGGAAGACCAUGGAAGCUCACAAACUCCAAGGCAAACCACUAGGGCCCAAGUGGCAGCGGAUUUUGUGGCAUCAUCCAUCUCUGAGGAGACAGACUGAGGUGCAAUUACCUGUGCCCCAAAUCUUGGCUAAGAAAACAGGCGCUGAGGUAAGACUCUCGGAUGUAGAGUGGCUCCACCAUGUCCUAGAACGGAUGGAGGCAGGAGAACAGCUUUCUAGGGAUAGUUUCCACAGAUUGUGCCAGCUUCUCAAAGACCUCACCUCAAAGGGAAACCUAGACCGGAUACAUCUGGCCCAACUCGAAGCCAUUGUGAACCGUCACAAGCAGGUCCUGGAAUCACGAAGUGCAAAACCCACUAAGGAGCCCAUGGGUCCAAAGUACCUGAAAGUGAUCCCUCCUAUAAAAGGAAAGGAAAAGGAAAGCCGGUUAAAACCUCUGGCUGUCCCCCCAUCAAAGCCUCCAUUAGAUACCCAAAGGAUUCCAACGCCAAAGGGUGUAAACUGGCACCUUCUAGGAGAGCCUUACAGGAGCGCACGGGCAGAGCAGAUGUCCGCUGCUCUCAGGGAGAUGGAGAGGAGACACUUUCAUCCCACCACAAAAGCCAUGUUCCCAGGUGCUGAGGCCUCAGUGGAAAAACAAACCCUUGCACUGAUGUUUCAAAAGGACUUCUGGGCUUUUAAGGAUAAAGGCAGGUUUCCCAAAUUGCCCAAGCUGGAAAAGAAGGCACAGGCCGUCUCCAAGAAGAAGGAAGAGCUGCCUCAAUGGGAGACAUUUGUGGCACUCUACUACGUUCUGCGGAUGUUGCAACAGCGAUAUGCAGAUGACAGCGCCACUUGGAUGGAACAGUUCUACCAGCUCAUGGACCUGCACCACCUUAAGUCGCCCCGAAUCCAGAGGCUUCUGCAGGAGCUAUUCCUGAGGGGGGAGCCCCAGUCCCAAGAGAUCAGCUACAAGGAGGCCCUAUGGGCCACGGACCUAGCUCCUGGGGAGCGGUUGUUUUACCACCUGUUUUGCAGUGGCUCUCAGAACUCUAAGGGUCCCCCGGAGUUCCAGGAGGUGGUGUCCCUCCCGGGUCAGAAUAAUGUCUGUACCACACUUCCCAUGGGCAUUGCUCACUAUGGGAUCUUAGAACUCGCCUGGAAGAGCCUGCCUGAAGCGGAUAUUCACCUCACCAAGGAAAUGCCCCACAUCAUUGCUCCCACCCCCUAAUCUGGGACUGACGGGAGGUCAGGACUUUUCACUCCCACCUGGAGAAAGGCCUUGUCACCAUAAUCUAGACCCUUAUCCCUAGGGCCCACAUAGAGUUUGGGCCAGGCGAAAGCCCUUUCCCUACCCAGCUCCAGAAACAAGCUUCGAUAUAUGGAAUAAAGAGGAGGCUCUCAUUUGCA